GAAGUGGAGCUGCGGCGGGGAGGUGGGGAGGGCGCGCGCUCGGGGCUGUGCGAGCGGCUGACAUGGCGCACUUGGGGCGUCUCCUGGUUCCCCUGGCAGCCCUGGCCCUGUUGCUCUGGGCGGUCCCUGGGGCCCACGGGCGGCGGAGCAACGUGCGCGUCCUCACCGAUGAGAACUGGACCUCGCUGCUGGAAGGAGAGUGGAUGAUAGAAUUUUACGCUCCCUGGUGUCCUGCUUGUCAGAAUCUCCAGCCAGAAUGGGAAAGUUUUGCUGAAUGGGGAGAAGACCUCGAAGUCAAAGUCGCAAAAGUGGACGUCACCGAGCAGACAGGACUGAGUGGACGCUUUAUCAUAACUGCCCUUCCUUCUAUCUAUCAUUGUAAAGAUGGUGAGUUCAGGCGUUAUCUGGGCCCGAGGACUAAGAAGGACUUCAUAAACUUCAUCAGUGAGAAGGAGUGGAAGAGUGUGGAGCCUGUGUCCUCAUGGUUUGGUCCAAGUUCUGUUCUGAUGACCACCAUGUCGGCCCUCUUUCAGCUCUCUGUAUUCAUCAGGACUAGCCACAGCUACUUGGUUCACGACCUUGGCUUCCCAGCCUGGAUCUCAUACCUGGUCUUCGCCUUCGCCACUGUGCUUUCAGGACUCAUGUUGGGGCUUUUUCUGAUAUUUGUGGCAGAUUGCUUUUGCCCUUCCAAAAGGCGCAGACCACAGCAGCAGCCUACAAGAAAACCAUCACCGGAAGUUUCUCAGCCUCUGAAAAAAGUGGAGGAGGAACGAGAGGCUGAUGAAGAAGAUGCUUCAGAAGAGGGAACAGAAAAUAAAGAGGGAGCAAGCCAAGACACUCUGGAGAGUAGCAUAAGACAGCGCUGUGUGGGCCCGCCACUGGCCACAGAGAAAUCCUAAUUUUUACAGAUGUCUUAAUAUGGUUUUGACCAAACAGAAGAUUGCUACCCUUUCUCUGUUUUCAAGUGAACUGUGACUUGCUUGUAUAUACAGUCUAGGUUGUCAUUAGGUUGGACAGUUCAUUCAGAAAAUAAAGCAGUUAGGCAUAAUAGUUUGAAAUAUGAUUUAAGAAUAUUAUAAUGUUUUAAAGUUGUUUAAUUUCAGAAGAUCCUGGUGCCAAGCAGUAAGAUUUGUGUUUAUAUUUAAUGAUCUGUUUCGUGUGAGAAUCAAAACUGCCUUUCCCAAGAUUUGCAUUACUGGGGUAUUUAAGAAAAUUACUUUAGAGAGAAAGAUUUCUCAUUUCACAUCAUUUUUCUCAGUUUCACUGUGUGAAAAAGGAACAUAUUUCCCAUAACUGGGAACGUCGCCCAUUGUUUCAAGAUGUGUAUUUCAUCGAUAACGCUGCGCUUAGAUAGAGUCCAGAAUUUCCUCAUAGAUUUUGGAUUAUACAGCUAACAGAACUACCUUACUUUAUAGCUUUCAUUUCUACACAUACAUAUAUUUAGGAUAUGCUGCUGAUUAAAGAAGUCUUUAUAAGUCUGUGAUAUUGUAUUAAUUCUUAAGGUUGAUGGCCUGUUUGGUCUCAUGUUCACUAUAUGAUUUUUAUUUGCCAUGGGUUACAUUUUUAAGUCAGAUAAAAUUAGCAGUAUCACUGUUGUGCUUUCUGUGGGUACACAGUACUUUCCUAUUGAUUUAAGUUGAAGUUUACUGAGAGAACAUCAAAUUGAACUGUUUACAUGAAAAUGUACAAAUUUGGCUAUACAUUCCAGAUUUUAAAUUACUAUAGUUAAGUGGUCUUGAAGUUUGCUUUGCUUUUCUCUUUUUAAUGUGAAGGUGAAAUUUUCUGGUUUU